GCUCUGCAUGCGCUCCGAUUCUACACACCAAAAACCAGCGUAGUUUGAUCUGGCGCUGGCCCGGGGAUGAAAGGUGGUAAAUAUGGCGGCGGCCUUGGAAGAAGAUGAAAUCGACAAUGAUGAUUAUUAUUCUCUGUUAAACGUCCGCAGAGAGGCCACACAGGAUGAGCUCAAGGCUUCAUAUCGCCGUCUUUGCAUGCUCUACCACCCAGACAAGCACAGAGAUCCAGAGCUUAAAAGUCAGGCAGAGCAGCUUUUUAACUUGGUUCACCAGGCAUAUGAAGUACUAAGUGACCCACAAUCUAGAGCAAUCUAUGACAUAUAUGGGAAGAGAGGGCUGGAUGUGGAAGGAUGGGAGAUAGUGGAGAGGAAAAGAACACCAGCAGAGAUCCAUGAAGAGUAUGAGCGACUUCAAAGAGAGAGAGAGGAGAGAAGACUACAGCAAAGGACCAACCCCAAGGGGACAAUUAGCGUGGGUAUUGAUGCAACAGAUCUCUUUGAUCACUAUGAGGAAGAUUAUGAAGAGAUCUCUGGUGGUGGCAGUGGCCUACCGCACAUUGAGAUAAACAGGAUGCACAUAUCACAGUCGAUAGAGGCCCCUUUGACAACCUCAGACACAGCCAUUCUUUCCGGCUCUCUCUCCACACACAAUGGAAAUGGGGGAGGAAACAUAAACUUGGCCUUGCGGCGAGUCACCUCAGCUAAGGGCUGGGGAGAAGUUGAGUUUGGGGCAGGAGACACACAUGGACCUCUCUUUGGGUUAAAAAUUUUCCGUAACUUAACUUCACGCUGCUUCACAACAGCUCAUUGUGGCAUGCAGUUUUCAUCCCGUGGCAUACGGCCGGGGCUCACUACUAUGCUUGCACGCCACCUGGACAAAAACACUAUGGGUUAUUUACAGUGGCGCUGGGGAACUCAGUCUUCCAUGAACAGCAGCAUCGUCAGGGACACCAAAAGCAGCCAUUUCACCUUUGCUGUGCAGUUGGGAAUUCCACACACAUUUAUCAUGAUGAGCUACCAGUACAAAUUCCAGGAUGAUGACCAGACCAAGAUCAAGGGCUCUGUCAAGUCAGGGUUUUUCGGUACAGUGGUUGAAUAUGGUGCUGAAACUAAGAUCAGUCGACACAGUGUCCUGGGCGCUACUGUCAGUGUCGGAGUACCUCAAGGCGUCUCUCUCAAGAUCAAGUUGAACCGAGCGAGCCAGACGUACUUGUUCCCCAUCCACUUAACAGACCAGCUUCUACCCAGCGCCGUUUUUUAUGCCACUGUCGGACCCCUUGUGUUCUACUUGGCCAUCCAGCGGCUAGUUAUCAGACCUUACCUUCAUGCACAGCAGGAACAGGAGCUUGAGAAGCAGCGGGAGAGUUCGGCAUCAGACAUUGCCAAAAAGAAGCAAGAGGCAGAAGCAGCUGUUCUGCUGAUGCAAGAGUCUGUGCGUAGAAUUAUCGAAGCAGAGGAGUCCAAAAUGGGUCUGAUCAUCCUCAAUGCCUGGUAUGGCAAGUUUGUGACAGACAACAGCCGGAAACAUGAAAGGGCAAGGGUCAUUGAUGUGACGGUGCCUCUACAGUGCUUGGUGAAGGACUCCAAGCUCGUUCUCACAGAAGCCUCUAAGGCUGGGUUACCGGGCUUCUACGACCCCUGUGUAGGUGAGGAGAAGAGUCUCAAGGUGCUGUAUCAGUUCAGAGGUGUGAUGCACCAAGUUCUGUGUGGUGACACAGAAGCACUCAGGAUACCAAAACAAUCCCACAGGAUUGAUAAUGACAGUUAGGAACCUGUAUCUCUGGAGUUGAAAGGGACAGUUUGGACUGGUGUAGACUGAGACACAGAUGUUCUGGAGUACUGCCCUGGAAACACUCUGUGCCCUUAAAAGUCUUCAUAUACAUAUUUAUCCUUUAUUUUGUUGCUGUUUUAAAUAUUACUCUACAUGAUCUGUUAGAACAUUUAAUUGGAGCAUUUAAUUCACUGGAUUCCCAUAAAUAAAUAUGUCCUUUGCCAGAAAAAAAGCUUAAACUAUAGAUAUAUAUUUGUGUUGGU